AUACGCGGUAUGUACGGACGGACAUGGGAGAAGUAAGACACGGCUAAGAAAAUAGAAAUUGGAUCCACACCCCCACAGUACAGAGCACUUCGUGUCAACGUGUCAUAGACCAAUCCAAAACUGUCUCAAUCUUUGUCAGAGAGCUCAGAGACUCAGCUUCUAAACUAAGCUGAAGACUUACUCUCAACUCAAGUCAAUGGCCCUCACUAUAAUUAUUUCAUUACUCUCAAAACCCACUGUCUUCUCUGCUCAAUCCUGCUUCUUCUAAUAUAAAAUUUUCCAGUUCAAACCAGACAUAACACAUAGCUCUUUAUUACUUGUUACUAUCUUUUGCUUACUAUUGUUGUUGUUGUUGUUGUUGGGGUUCCUUGUUUCGUUAUUUAUAGUUUCUUUGCUUUAACGAAAGUUGAAGUUUACGAGAGAUAACAAGCAUGACAUCUUCUGGAACUGGAUUAGAGGUACCGGUGGGAUAUAGAUUCCACCCAACCGAUGAAGAAUUGGUCAACCACUAUCUGAGGCUCAAAAUGCAAGGCGGCAAGGACUUCGAAGUCCGAGCCAUUGGUGAAGUUAAUAUCUACAAACAUGAGCCUUGGGAUUUACCCGACUUAUCAGUGAUCCCGUCAGAUGACCAAGAAUGGUUCUUCUUUUGUGCCUGGGAAAUCAAGUUCACUAACAGUAACCGAUCGAACAGGUUGACCGAGAAAGGCUACUGGAAAUCCACCGGUAAGGAUAGGAAAAUCAAGGCUAGAGGAACCAACAAUGUGAUUGGUACAAAGAAGACUUUGGUGUUCUAUGUAGGUCGUGGUCGAAAUGGGGUCAGGACCCCUUGGGUUAUACAUGAGUAUAAGCCAGCUACCUUUCUUCGUCACGAGAAAGCUUUUGUCCUCUGCCGCUUAUUUAAAAAAGCAGAUGUGAGGACUAAUGAGGCUCCCCGUGAUGAUGGUGAUGUAAGCAGCUAUGCUGCUUCUGAUUUUGAAGGUCAGGUGCCAGGGCAUACAAUUCCAGAGAUUCAUGAAUUCAAUCGAGUAGAUGCAGACCUGGCAUCACUCCUUCAAUCUCAGCAACAGGAUUACGACUUCGCUUACUCAUUGCAGUUAGAAGAAGAAUACAAUCACCCGGAACCUUCUGUUGUGGAUGCCACAUUUACUGAUUGCUUUGAACAGGAUUACGCCUUCGCUAAUGAACAGGCAGAGGUUCAGUUUGUCAAUUCAUUUAUCAACCAGCAGGAGGAAUAUACCUUUGAAGAAUUCAGGCAAUCCAAUGAUUCCAGGGCACCAGAGCCAUCGAUAAAGAUAUACUAUAAUGGUGGUGGACUAAGCAGUGAUUCGGACACUGACACAGCCCAAGCACAGCACCAGCAAAUGCAUGUCAUUAACGGUGGAACUGCAUCCUCGUCUAACCGUGGCCAGUACAAAGAAAAAAGAAAUGGUGUCGUUCUUGAUGCUUCUUCUGUCGACUCAGCUGCAGAUAUCCGUCAUGUGCUCAGCACUCAAUCGCAGGGUCAACGAUCUCCUCCAAGCAUAGGAACCUUGAAGCUUCAAUAUCCACCAAGAUCCCGCCACUCUGUAGAACAGAGAGCUGCUCCUAGAAAAUUCCACCUGAAGAAUAGGAGUCUUAAAGUUGUAUCCAUUGACAAGGCCAAAGAUGUUUCAAGACUCAGUAUUACUACUAAUCUGCCCCAGAAAGAAAGAUCCAUUACAGAAUCUGACAAAGAGCAGAAAAUGGCUCAAGGCACCAAUGCAGAUAAUAGUCCUAGGUCAGCGGGCAGUGAUCGGAAGGGUUCCCUCAUUUUCCAAGAGACAGCUCAAAAAGGCCAUGAAUCUACUCCGCCCUUGGUGUACUUUGUCAAAAUACUCAUAGGUAUAUUUUUGUUUGUGGUCUUUAUUCGGAAAAUGCUGCUAUAUGGGAACUGGCGCUAAACUUCGAAAAAAAAAAAAAAAAAAAAAAAAAAAAAAAACACAUUUCAGUCCGUUUCACCCAAGUAUUGCAAUAUUUAUGGGUUAUAUUUUGCUACAUUUCGUUACAAGAAGACAUUCAGUGCCCAGAUGUAUGCGUAUAUCUAUGGCAUGUGUAUAGUGUCAGUGUUUCAUUUUUCAUUUUGUAAAUAUGGCUUGAUUGUAAUAAUGUCAUAUUUUUACUUGAGGUUUGAGGAUUUUGUGAACAUUAAUGUUGAAUGGAAAAUUUUAUAAAUGGUUUUUGUCA